AUGCGUGUAUGUCGUUGUUCAUUUCGAAGUUUUCUUCCAUGCGUAAAAUUAAAUGAAAUUCGUUUUUGUCAUCGAUUAUAUUUAAUUUAUCAAGUAUUUUAUUUGAAUAAUGAUGAUUCAGUUGAUUUACGCAUUGAUACAUUAUUGCAGCCAUUAUUUUUUUUAACUGAUCGUCUAACAAAAUACAUCGGAAGAUUAUUUAUAUGCUUUUUUAUUAUUAUUAUUUCAACUACUGUUUAUAUAUUUUAUACAUCGAUAUUCGUUCAUUUAAUUAACGAUAUUCAAACACAACAUAGUUAUUUGACUGUCAUCACUCAUUUUAUCGUUUCACAUUGGCUUUUAAUAAAUAUUAUGUUUAACUAUUUACAAUGUGUACGCGUGGAUCCAGGUUCAUCACCGAAUUUCGGCUAUUCAAAACCAUAUGAAUUUGAUAGAGAAGGUAGAGAUUCAAUGAAAGCACAUCAAGCUAUUAUUGAUAAAAAUAAUAAUGCCAAUAAUAAUAAUAAUAAAUCGAAGGAAGUAACAAUAUUGGCUUUGACAAAUGAUAACUUUGUUCAUACUCAAUUCUCGCCAAAAACUCCACUAGACGCAUCUGAUACAAUAAUUAACUCCAACGAUUAUACUCAAAAUGUUUGUCGAAAAUGUAUUUUUCCAAAACCAGCUCGUGCUCAUCAUUGUUCAGUAUGUUCACGAUGUAUAUUAAAUCUCGAUCACCAUUGUCCAUGGAUCAAUAAUUGUGUCGGACAUUUAAAUCAUCGUUAUUUUUUCCAGUUUUGUUUCUUUUUAACAAUUGGUUCAUUUUAUGCUGCCUCAUUUGGCUUUAGUGAAUUUCAACAUUAUUUAUUUGGUCGAAAAGCAUUUUCCUAUCUGGAUUUAGUAACAGGUCGACGUAUAAAUGAAAUUGAUAUUUUACCUGACGUAACCAGUCCAUCCGUGUCUUACACAUUUUUGUUUUUAUUUAUUGUUGCUCUAACAGCAUGUAUAGUGUUAGUUGGUUUUACAUUAUGGCAUAUUUGGUUAAUAUCACGUGCUGAAACGACCAUUGAUUUUCAUACCAAUGCAUCAGAAAGAAAACGUUUAAAAAAACUUAAACAAAAAUUUAUUAAUCCAUACGAUUUAGGUUUAGGAUUAAAUUGGAAGAUGUUUUUGGGUGUAAAUCGUUGGUAUGAAAUUUUCUAUAAAAACUGUUUACCAUCAAGUCAUAGACCAUUUUGUAAUGGAAUUAAUUGGCCAAGGAGAAACCCAAUUUAUUCGUUUGAAGACGAACAAAAAUCAAAAUUGAUGCAUGUUUAA